UUAGGGUAAACGUGAUUUUUGUUGAUCAAAAACAUUAUUAAUUUUCAAGCUAAAAAUAAUUAUUCGUACACAGAAUUUCUGCGAUCUUACAAGCUACUAAAAAUUCUAUAGUAACAUAUACUUGAUAUAAAUACCCAUGUUUCGUUUAGUUUUACAUAUAUUGAUUUAGGUAGCACAGCUUCACUAUAAUGUGUAUUUAACGUUCGUCUUUCAAGUAAUUUGUCUUGUACUUGGUUAGGCCAUGGUCACAUCAUAAGACCUACCUCUGGGAGUCCUCUCACACGGAUCGAUUUUUGCACCAUAGUGUAUUACUACACUACACUACUACAUUACACUAUUACUAUACGGCUUUUUGAUGUACACUGUACACUCUUGUUAGUAGGAUGACGUCUUUGAUCGUGGCAUUUUGAGCAUUUAAAUGUCAAUGUCAAAAUUAUAAUUUGUUUCGAUACGAUACGUCGAGCAAUGGCUAUGGCAUGAUUUGGGCAAGAUUGAAUAAUUUUGUUUACAAGUUUACUAGCCUUGAUAGGAAAUAAAUUCCUAUAUCAUCAAAGUAAGCAGUUUUUAGAACAAGAAACUCAUUUCGGAGCCUAACUACCUUAUCUUGGUGAUAUUUGCAUCAUUAGUGUACCAUAAAUUAGGUCUCACUUCGACUGAGAAUUAAGGACAAUGUUCAAAAAAUUUAAAGAUAAACUAGCAGAAGAAGUUAAGUCAUCUCCUCAAAGGAUUCAACAAUUUGCCCAAGCUGCUCAGGCUGCAGUUACCUCUGCAUCUAGCAGUAUAUCAGAUAUUACGAACAAUGAUUUGUUCUCAAUAGGAGAUAAUGAUAUACCAAACAAAAAUCAAACAAAUCCAAAUAACAUGGAUAACCUUGUCAUUCCAAAUCCUAUCCCAGCUGUUCAAAACUCUACUCCAGCGAUGCAAAGUGCUUCAGAUGUAGCAGAUUUUUCUGUGAAUUUUGAGGAUAAACAUAGGCAGCGGAGACUAUCAAAUAGUUCAUUUGCUAGCGACAUAUCAUUUCGCCUGCCAAACUAUGAAAGCCCAUCAAUGUAUCAUCUUCAGUCAGACAUGGAAGUAUCAGCAAGUGAAGCAGAAGAGAAAGGUUUUACCAUUGGAAAUGUAAAUCUUGACCGAGUGACAAAAGAUCAACUAUAUGCUGCAUACAGAAGGACACAGGAUAGGUGUAAAAAAUAUAAAACCCAAUAUUCAGAUUUAGCUCGGCAUUAUAAACUCCUUGAAAGGGAAAAUGCUAAAGCAAGGAAUGUGCUAGUUGAAACACAAGAUAAAGCUCUCAGAAGAAUAUCAGAAUUAAAAGAACAAUGUUCAUUAGAACAGAGUGCUAAAGCACACCUUGAAAAGGCUCUUCGGGUUGAAAUAGAAGAAAAACAAAUGAAAAUAGAUGCUUUAAGUACUCAGCUAAAUCUGUUGCAAAGUAAUAAUUUCCAAGAAAAUACAAAAUCCACAACAAUGCAGGAAAAUGCUCUAUUGCCAUUAAUAAAUUUAAAUGAUGAAAAUGAAUCUAAAGAUAAAACAAGGGAGGAAGAAAAUGUCUCUGUUAUUAAUAAUACUAUAGAAAAAUUGGAGAAACUUUUGGCCAAGUAUAAAGAAUCUUUGAAAACUGUCAAGGAAAAAAAUUCUAAUAUGACAGCAGAAAUCCAGAAAUUAACAUUAGAUUUAGAAGCAAAAUGUAAAGAAAAUAAUCAGUUACAAUUAAAUAUAGAAAAAUUGUCAGAGAGUAAAAAUCAAGUCCAAGAACUAUUGGAAAAAAUAGAAAGCUUAGAAAAUAUAAACAACACACUUGAAUUUUCGAAAACUAAAGAAACAUCAAUUUUGGAAUCAAACUUACACAAUGCUAAAGAGGAAAUAACGCAAUUACAAAAGAAGGUGCAAAUUUUAAGUAAACGAGAAGAAGAAUAUGCUAUUUCCCUUGCAGAAAAUAAAUUGAGUAUUCAUAAAGAACUUGAAAGUAAAGAAGCAGAAAUUAAGUCACUCAAAGACAGCUUAGCUAAUAGUCAAAAUGAAAUAAUAUCUUUAAACAAAUCAGUCAAAGAUUAUCAAAAUCAAAUAUACAAGUUAGAAGGGGAACACUCAAAAUUGACCAAUGACUUACACAAUUUAAAUGUAGCAAUUACCAAAACAGAGGAUUUAAACAAGGAUUUGGAAAAAUUGAAUGAUAAAGUAAGAUUACUCGAAAGUGUCAAAACAAAAUCUGAAGAAGAUAUUAACUGUCUACAUUUGCAAUUAAAACAAGAGACAGCUGAAAAAUUGUCAGUGAUUGAUAGAAAUGUUUACCUAGAAAGCCGUAACUCACAGCUAACUGAAGACAAUGAAAAAAAGAGAUCUCAAAUUAACAAUCUUGAACAUGAAAUUGUUUCCCUAAAACAACAUUUGGAAGACUUUAAGAAGUCAAUAGAGGAACGCAAUCAAAAUAAUUUGGAAUCCCAUCAACUAAGGCUAACAGAGGAAGUGUCAGCCUGGAAACUAAAGUGUAGCAGUUUGGAAUCAGAAAUACAAGAAGAGAGGGUAGAAUUAGUCAAAUUACAAUCAGAAAUUGAAAAAUUAUUGAAUAAUCAUGAAUCUUUACAAAAUCAAAAUAUUGAUCUUAAUAAAACACUUGAUAAUUUUAAAGUAGAAAAUGUAACAUUACACCAAAAAAUUGAUGUAUAUCAGAAGAUACACUACAAGUUAAAAGAUUUCAAAAAAGAGCUAUCGGAUAUUCAAAAUAUAGCUACACUGACUUCUACUGAAUCAAAAUUGCUGAACAAGAAAGUUUUGACAGAAUGGUUACCUCAAAUCAAAGAAAGUAUUAAUUCCAGUAUAUUCCAACAAGAUGCAAACAAAAUACAACAGAAUAAUGCACAAUUAAAAGAAGAAAUUGCAAAAAUCACUAAUGAUUAUAAAUUGCUUAAGGAUAAUGCUAAUGUACUUCAAAAAGAAAGUUUAUCAUUGAAUGACACUUUAAAAAGCCGUGUUUUAGAAAAUACAAUUCUCACUGAAAAAGUACAAAAUAUGAAAAUUAAACACAAAAAUUAUGUUCUGGAAAUGGAAAAUAAAUUUAAAUCUUUAGAAGAAGAUAAUGUAGGUUUGGAUACAAAAGUAAAAACAUUGGAAACCACUAUUAUUGCGAUAAAUGAAGAAUUAAAUAUUGUAAAGAAUGAAAAUCAACAUCAAAAAAUCAUAAUUGACUCUUUAAUGGCGGAAAACAACGAAGUUUCAAAAAUUAGAAAAGAAAAUUCUGAGAAACAAGAUUAUAUUAGCGAGUUGGAAAGCAAGUUACAGAUACAAGAAGAGAAAAACGGAAAUUUAAAAUUAUUACAAGUAGAAUUAGAUAAUAAAAAGAAAACAUUGGAGAUUCAACUGAGUGAGGUUCUUACAACCCACCAUGAUACAGAGAAUAAUUUAAAAAUGCUAGAAAAAGAAAACAAAGAAUUAAAAUUUUCCAUUGCUGAAAUCGAAAAGCAUUCUAAAAAUGUAGAAUCCAAAUUAGUUGAAUUACAAAAAUGUCAAAUUGAUUUAGAGAGUAAUUUAAAGGAAUUGAAAAAGGAAAACAAUGAAUUAAUGUAUUCUAAAAAAGAUAUGGAAGAAAAGCAUAAAAUCUUGUUAGACAAGGUAGAAAGCAAUUCUUUGGAAAUGGACAAGAACGUACAGACAAUAAAUCAGAAUUAUCAAGAGUUGAAAACAAUACAUGCAGAGACUGAAAACAAAUAUAAGAUGGCAGAAAAUGAAAUACAUGAACUGCAUAAUGUGCACAGUGAAAUCAUAAAACAAAAAGAAAAUUUGGAGGAAACUGUUUUAAAAUUGGAAAAUGAUGUAGCUAAUCAAAUUCAACAAAUAAAAGAACUAAAUGAGGACAUUAAGUUGCAAAAGGGCAAAAAAAGUGAAUGUGACUUCCUUAAAGAUGAAAAUAGACGUUUGUGUUCAGAUAUUGAAGGAUUACAAACCUACUUAAGUAAGAUUUCCAAGGAGAAUAGUGACUUAAAUGAUAAAUUGAGAGAAUUGAUUGCAUCAAGUGACAAUAUGCCAGAUGGGAAUGAGCAAUUAAAAAAUGAAAUACAACUUGGUAAAGAGAAAAUUGACGAAUUGCUACGAGAAAAUUCCUUAUUAAUUGAAGAGAACUUAGAAUUAAAAGAUCAAAUACAAUCACAAAUUACUAGUACCACUGACAUUCAAUUAAAUCAGAAUAGAAGCACAAAUGAGAAUUGUAAUGAGUUAAAAGAUAUUCAUGAAAAGUAUUAUAGUUUAAUGGAAAAUAAAAAUAAACUAGAAUUAAAGGUCAAUGAACUAGAGCAAAUGAAUAAUUCAUUAAAUAAAAAUGUUGAUCAGACACAAAACAAUUAUGAAAGACUUAAAUUGUCAAAUGAGAAACUACAAAGAAAACUUGAUGAAGCACUUGUUAGUUUGAGACAUUUGCAUGCUCUCGAAGAAAACACUGAGUUGGAGUACUUAAGAAACAUACUUUACGAAUAUCUUACAGGGUCUGGGACUCACUCUUUGACAUUAGCUAAAGUUUUGGCAGCUGUAGUUAAAUUUGAUGAUAGACAAACCGAACAGAUACUUCAAAAAGAAAAAGAACGCCAAGGAUUUCUUCAUCAACUAGGAAUUAUUUGAUAUGAAGAAAUAUAGAAAUAUUUGUUAAUAUGUAAAUACUAUAACUAUAAUUUAUUUCUUUAAAGGUGAUCACAAUUUUUCACUUUUAUAUGAAUCAAAGAUAUAAUGCUAGCAAUUUAAAACUGCGAACAAGAUUUAUAUUAUAGAAGAACAAUUUUGAUUAAUUUCUUUUGUACAGAAGUAUACUAUUUAUUUAUUAGUCAUAAACACAAACAUUUUAAUAUUUUUCAUUUCAAAUAAAUGCUUUUUGAUAUAAUUCAAAAUUCUUACCUUAUAUAAAGUAAAACUGCCUAAAACAAAGUUAUUUAUAAAUACAAAUGCUGACCUAGCAUAGAAAGUAGUGCACUAGACAAUUAUGAAUUUUAAUAAAGUAAAAUUUUUAACAUUUGAUUUUGCCAUGCAUAUCUUUGAUAUUAAUUUUGAAAUAUUAUUUUAUUUGUAAUUCAUAAUCAUUAUCACAUAUAACUUAAACUAAAUAUUUAUAUUAUUAAUUUUGUAUUGUUUAAGGAAUUACUGUAAAAUGUAUAUUAUUAUGUCUGAAUUAAUUGUACUAAGUAAAUAUUAAUUAAGUAAAUACUUAAUUAUUUUUACAAUCAUAUCACCUUUCAAAGUCCAACUGAGGAAAGAAUCAUAUGAUACCCAUAACACUGUUUUAAUUAUAAUAAUUUUUUGUUUGCUAAUUUACCUUCAUAGCUUUCAUUACAAAUAGUAUGUCUGUUGUAAAAACAAAUAAAUGUAUAUAACUGUGUAUUCAUAUAAUUUUAGAGGCAUAUUUAGCAGUGUUGUUAAGUACAGUUACUGCUUGUGUAGCCGCUGGUUGAAAAGUCUUUAAUAAUACAUUAUUGGCACUUUUUAAUUUACUCCUUUACCAUGUUGACUAUACAUGUAGGAAUAUAAGUCAAUAUUAAGUGUAUCAAUUUAUGGCCAUUUAUGGUCAGAAACCGAAAUGAACUCUGCAUUCCAUGUCCAAUGGCUUAGUCAUUUUAAUAAAGAGAAUUAUUAAUAUUAUGUAAAUUGUUAUGUUGUAGGUAGAAUAUAUUAAAAUAAAUUAUUUAUAUCCCUUGUUACUUGGGUGCAGUUUUUAGGUAUAAAAACAUGUAAUAAUUAACAUUAUUCAAUAAAAUUUUGAC